UUAGGUCUCUGGCGCAAGGUUAGUUACACCCCUGUGUGUUUUGGAACAAAAGAUGAUCAGUUUGGAAGGUUCUUUGUUCCAUCAAGUGGCAAUUUGGCUGCCCUGAAGUUGGUACACCUGUACGGUUACGUGUCCUGUGACCCGAAAUCAAAUGCUCGCUGGUCUUACUGGGGCUGUGCUGGACCGGAAGUAAACGUGGUGGUAACCAAUUCGACCAACCACGUCCUUCUCCCGGCAGACGAGUUUAGCUCUAAUUCUGUUACAAAGUGGUUUAACAUUCCUGGAUAUAACUCACUCUCUCCUGAGAUUGUCCUGUCAGUUCUGUCCCGUCCUCGCUGGAUGACCUCCGGCGAAGAACUACGCCUGUGGAACGGGGAGGAUUUGGUGAAUCGAAGUGAAAGUGACAACGGAGGAAGGGUGUGUUGUGAUGUGCAUGCUCUUUUCGUU